AUGGCUGACGUAACUAUUACUGUUGAUGGUGUCUGUCUUCUCGCCCACAAAUUAGUGCUUGUGACUCACUCUCCUUUUAAAGCUAUGUUCGACAAUGAUUGCUUGGAAUCCAAUACGAAAACCAUCCAAAUUACCGAUGCAGAUGCCUCUAUUUUUAAAAUUUUUUUAAAAUAUCUCUACUGCAGUGAAAUCGGUGACAAAAGUUAUGAUAUGGUGCUUAAUCUGUACGUGCUUGCAGAUAAGUAUGCGGUUGAUGAUCUUAAAGAAGAUUGUAGGGACAUACUGGAAUCUGAAUUAAAUGAAGGUACUGUUUGUCAACUUCUUGAGAUGUCCCAUUUGUUUAGAGAUAAAACUUUGUCUGAAAAGGCGGUUGACUUUUUUAAACAACAUUUUUCAGCUGUUAGUAAAAAACCAGAAUGGAUAAAAAUAUGCAAAAAUAAUCCUGAAGUGGCAUCAUAUGUUUUGAGAUAG